AUGGUGUCCAAUGUCAUCUACGAAGGACUCAAGCCCCCGUCAGCACCCGCUGAGGACUCAGGAGGGGAAGAUGGUCCCCAGAGUCAGGCUCUUGCUCAGACCCUGGCUCUGUCCACACAGGAGCUGACCCGUCCAGACGACAAGCCUGAACCCACCGGCAAGCCAGAGGUCAGCGAGCAGCCCGUCAGCCCCUACAGUGAGACCGUCUUUGGGCACGUGGCCCCACAGGAGCAGCAGGGUGUUGACAUCUCCACUGGUCAGAGCUACGAGGCAGUGUCCGAGCUGGACCUGGAGCGAGAAGUGUGCAGGACAAGCAGCGAGUGCAGCAGCGAGGGAAGGAGCGAGGAAGAGGAGACACGGUCCCGGCUCAUCGACCACAUUGUCCAGAAUGACACUGAAGGGUACUCAACUGUGGAGGCACCACGGGCCGAGGGCACCCCAUUCAGCCUGCCAGCCCAUCUCUACCCAGAUGAGGUCCUGGAUGACCUCACCAUCUCGCCUUACGCCAGCUUCACGUCACUCUCGGAGCCCCGACCCACCAUGCUCAGCGGCUGGCUGGACAAGCUCUCCCCACAAGGGAACUAUGUCUUCCAGAGGCGCUACGUCCGCUUUGACGGGAAGAACCUGAUGUACUUCAGCAGUGAGAAGGAACCCUACUCCAAGGGGGUGAUCCCGCUCUCUGUGAUUGAGAUGGCUCGCUCCACCAAGGACAACAAGUUCCAGGUCUUCACCAGCCACCGAAUCUUCGUCUUCCGCGCUGAGAAUGAGGCCCAGAGGAAUGAGUGGUGCUCCACACUGCAGAAGAAGGUGAUGGACCAGCGCCUGGUGGGGUCCCGGCCCCGGCCCACCAACACUGCUCACUGCCAGAAGUCAGGCACCCUGGAGCUGAAGGGCCAGAAGUCCAAGGUGUUCGCAGCCCUGAGCCUGCCUGAGAUGUGGCUGUACAAGAGUGAGCAGUUCUUUAAAAUGGGCAUUGGCAUCUGCUUGAUCGAGAUGCGUGGCUCCACCAUCCGCGAAGCCAAGAACCGCAGCUUCGAGCUCAUCACCCCCUUCAAAAUAUUCAGCUUUGUAGCGGAGUCAGAGCGGGAGAAGCGGGAGUGGAUGGAGGCCCUGCAGGAGGCCAUAGCCGAGAUGCUCUACGACUAUGAGGUAGCAGAGAAGAUCUGGUCCAACAAAGCCAACAAAUACUGUGCGGACUGCUGGGCUCAGAAUCCAGACUGGGCAUCCAUCAACCUGUGCGUGGUCAUCUGCAAGCAGUGUGCAGGGCAGCACCGCAGCCUGGGCUCCAACAUUUCCAAGGUACAAAGUCUGAAGCUUGAUACCAGCGUAUGGUCCAAUGAAAUUGUACAGCUCUUCAUUGUGCUUGGAAAUGACCGAGCCAACCGGUUUUGGGCCGCCCGCCUCCCCGCUGCUGAGGCCCUCUACCCCGAUGCCAGUGCUGAGCAGAGACGGGGCUUCAUCUCCCGCAAGUACCGCGAGGGACGGUACCGCCUGCCCCAUCCCCACUAUGCAACUCAGGAGGAUGUGCUCCAGGCACUGUGUGCUGCAGUGACAGGACCAGCCCUACUCAAGACCAUCCUGCAGUUCUUCUCAUCCUCAGAGGCUGGGCUGACGGCUGACCCCACUGCCUGUGAGAUGGCGCCUGGGGUUGAUCUUUGGUGGGGACCAGAGAGCAAAAGGCCCAGGAACCAUCCAGGGGACCCUCACACGCGGGAGCCAGGUCCGGAGGGCGUCUACAAUGAGAUCACGCAGCCAGUGACGCACAGUGGGUACCUGUAUCGGGCCACAGCCCCCCCAAAGCUCCCAGGUGCCAAGAAAAGCAAAGAGGACUUCCAGCGCACUUGGUGCUCCCUGGAGAGAGCCUUGCUCUUCUUCGAGACAGAGAAAUGCACCGAGCCCCUGGGUCACAUUGACAGCAGGGACCUCAUCUCCCUGGGUGUGAGCAGAGCCCAGGCGCUCACCAGCCCUGGCGCCACUGAAAGGUUUCGCUUCACACUCGAGCUCUUCCUCACUGGGGAAAAAGUGCAGCAGCUGGGAACCGAUGGGCCUGAGACGUUGCAAGCCUGGGCCAAUGCCAUUGGCAAGUGGUUCACGCCUGUGAGCUGUCAUUGCCUGCUUGGCUACGAGUUCCAGCGCGUGGGCCAGCUGCGCUACAAGUGCAUGCUCAACCCCGAGCAGUGGCAGCAGGCCUUCUUCAUCCUGCAGAAAGCUCACCUCUUCAUCUGUCCCACCGAGGAUGAUGGGGCUGAGGACAGCAUUAACCUCCGACGGCUGCAGGAGCUCAGUCUGGUUCCCCCCACGGACACCCCAGAGAAGAAGGAGCUGCUGAUCCUGGUGGAGAUGGGGAGGACAUUUUACCUGCAGGGCUUGUCGCGAGCAGACUCGGCAGCAUGGUACGCCGACAUCCAGGCAUCAGCGGGGGGCCGGGGUAAUGCACUACGGGACCAGCAGCUGAGCCGGGGGGACAUCCCCAUCAUCGUGGACAGCUGUAUUGCCUUCAUCACACAGUAUGGGCUGCGGCAUGAAGGGAUUUACCGCAAGAACGGAGCCAAGUCCCGGAUCAAGGUACUGAUGGAGGAGUUUCGGCGGGACGCCCGCAACGUCAAGCUGCGCAUCAACGACAACUUCAUUGAGGAUGUCACUGAUGUGCUGAAGAGGUUCUUCCGUGAGCUGGAGGACCCUGUCUUCACUCUGGAGCUGCACCCACAGUGGAAGGAGGCUGCAGAAAUCUCCUCAAAGCCCCAGCGCCUGGAGCGGUACAAGGAGCUCAUUCAUCGCCUGCCUCGCCUCAACCACAAGACCCUGGCUGCGCUCAUCGGGCACCUCUACCGGGUGCAGAAAUGUGCAGACCUCAACCAGAUGAGCACCAAGAACCUGUCACUGCUUUUCGCACCCAGCCUCUUCCAGACUGAUGGCAAAGGGGAGCACGAGGUCAAGGUGAUGGAAGACCUCAUUGACAACUAUGUCAACGUCUUCAACAUUGACGAGGACCAGGUAUCGCAGAUGGAUCUGGAGAACAGUCUGAUCACCACCUGGAAGGACACUCAGCUCUCACAGGCAGGGGACCUCAUCAUCGAGGUUUACCUGGAGCAGAAGCUGCCCGACUGUUGCGUCACCCUGAAGGUGUCCCCCACGAUGACGGCAGAGGAGCUUACCAACCAGGUGCUGGAGAUGCGCAAUGUGGCAGCCAGCCUGGACAUCUGGCUGACCUUCGAGGUCCUGGAGAACGGGGAGCUGGAGCGGCCCCUGCACCCCAAGGAGAAGGUGCUGGAGCAAGCUUUGCAGUGGUGCAAGCUCCCAGAACCCAGUGCUGCGUACCUGCUGGUGAGGAAGGUCCCCAUUGGUGAGGGCAGCUGUCUCUUCACAGGUGCCAAGCGCGAGACCCCCAAGUGCGGGCUGCUGAAAUGCCGUGAGGAACCCCCUAAACUGCUGGGGAACAAGUUUCAGGAGCGCUACUUUGUCAUCCGGGACCGAAGUCUGCUGCUGCUCAAGGAGAAGAGGAGUGCCAAGCCAGAGCGCGAGUGGCCCCUGGAUGCAGCCAAGGUUUACAUGGGCAUUAGAAAGAAGCUGAAGCCACCAGCCCAGUGGGGUUUCACGCUGACCCUGGACAAACAGCAGCUGUACCUGGUGUGCUCGGGGCAGGCUGAGCUGUGGGACUGGACCACCAGCAUCCUCAAGGCUCAGCAUGAUGACCUGCGCCCUGUGAUCAUGCGCCGGCGCUCCUCCUCCGACCUCGCCAAGCAGAAGUUCGGCACAAUGCCACUGGUGCCGCUGCAUGGGGACAGCACCGACGCCACCAUGCUCUCUGCCAACCAGACCCUGCGCCGCCUGCACACACGAAGGACUUUGUCCAUGUUCUUUCCCAUGAAGAUGCACCAGGACUCCCUGGAGGAGCAGCAGGAGAAGGAAGCGGAUGUUGAUCCUGUCUACGAGGAGGUGGGCAACUUUCCCGAGCUGGCCACGCUGGAGCUGGGGCAGGGGCUGUUGGCAGACCUGUCGGCCAUGCCCCCCGUGGACAGGUCCAAGAAGCCAUCCCCGUUCCCUGAGCAACCCCCAGUCGCAGCACUGCGCUCCUCACUGCCUGCCAGUCCAGCCCAGAAGGUGGCGGGUCCCUCUGUCACCAAAGCCCUGUCCCUCGAAAGGGGCUUGAACCUGGAGAGUGACAAAGUUCCAGCCCAGGAGCUCAGACCCAACAAAACAGCCUCUCUGGAGAGGAAAAUGGAGCCUUCCCUGGCACUGGCCAGGGACUGGGACCAGGGGGCUGUGCUGGGGAGCAGCCCCAGCACAGAGUCCUCCCAGGAGAUGCCCAGGAAGAGGAACAUGCAGCCUCCCUCGCCCAUCAACAACAAACUCAUCCAGGAGCUCAGCAAUGUCAUUCUCAGGAAGAACGAGGGCCAGCCCCCAGGGCCAGGCCAGCAGGUGACAUGA